AUGGAAGUAAUGUUUAUUGGAAAUGAUUUGAAAAGCGAUGAGAGGCUUCGCAAUCAAAAGCAUUUCUGCGAAAGUGUUCUAAGAGGAUUGAAGUGUUUUGUUGCAUUCAUAAAAAGAUAUUCUGAAGUUAAAUUACAAGAAAUAAUUUUGUUAACUGCGAAGUAUGCUAAGGCAAAUGUAAUUAAUACAUAA